AUGAGUAAGGUUCCUUUUACCCUAUUAUGCAAUGAGUUCCGAGCCAAAGGACUUUUAGAGGAUAGUAAAUAUAUAGAAGUAGAGGAGAAGAUGGCAAUGUUCUUAUAUACAAUUGGGCACAACUGUAGGAAUCGUGUAAUUUUGUAUCACUUUCAACAUUCGGGUGAAACGGUUAGUAAGUAUUUUCAUGAAGUGUUGGCUGCUAUGAAGAUUUGGUCUGCUGAAGUUUUAGUUCCUCCGUCUAAUGUAUUUGACAAGCCAGCUAUAACUAAAAGGCAUAAACGUCUCAGAGAAGGUGCUUUUAAAGGUGCUGUUGGUGCAUUGGAUGACACUCUAAUUAGUGCGAGCAUUCCAGUCGAGAAGCAAAUACCGUAUAGAGGAAGGGGAAGAGGAGAAUGUACCCAAAACGUGCUUGCGAUAUGUGAUUGGGAUAUGUACUUUUUGUAUGUAGUGGUUGGAUGGGAAGGCACUGCUCAUGACUCGAGAGUGUUGACCGAGGCAGUGCGUGAUCCAUAUUUCAAGUUUCCUUUACCUCCACCAGACAAAUACUAUCUAUGUGAUGCUGCGUACUCUCAUACACAAGGGUUUAUGUGUCCGUAUCGCAACAUAAGGUAUUGGAUAGGUGAUUACCGAAGAGUUCCUCCAACGGCAAAAGAGGAGAAGUUUAAUCAAGCCCAUGCUCGAUUGAGGAAUGUGAUUGAGAGAGCAUUCGGGGUAUUGAAAGUGGAAGUCGAAGUGGAAGCGGAAACGGAAGAAAAUGCACCUCGUCUAUUUGGACGACAAGAACAGAUAUAUAUGAACAACUUACGUGAUGAGAUAGCUAGUCUCCUUUAGAUUUUGUUUCUUCUUUUAUGUUUGUAGGACUUUAAUCUUUAGAUUUUAUUGUUUUAUGAUGUUUAAUAUGUUUAAUUCCAUCAAAAAAGGGAAGUUGUUUAGA